UUAGGAGGCGCCGCCGCACCGGGCUGAGGAGGUAGACGAUGAGCAGACCAGACAAACAGCUCGUACUAAGACAUCCACGCAGCGUCUCAGAGCCGGAGAGACCAUGAAGACAAACGGCAGAUCGAGGAGUAAAGAUUCACCUGCAGACGACUGAGUGAAGAGGCAGGAUGGCGGGGGGUCGGAGGGGACUUGUGGCCCCACAGAAUACUUUUUUGGAGAAUAUUGUCAGACGGUCGAACGUUUGGACAUUGUCACAUAGACAGACAGAUACCAACUUUGUCCUGGGAAAUGCUCAGAUAGUAGACUGGCCCAUCGUCUACAGCAAUGAUGGUUUCUGCAAGUUGUCGGGCUACCACAGAGCAGAGGUGAUGCAGAAAAGCAGCACCUGCAGCUUCAUGUACGGGGAGCUCACGGACAAGGACACAACGGAAAAAGUGCGACUAACAUUCGAGAAUUAUGAGAUAAACUCGUUUGAAAUACUGAUGUACAAGAAGAACAGGACGCCUGUUUGGUUUUUUGUGAAGAUUGCUCCCAUUCGAAAUGAACAAGAGAAAGUGGUCCUGUUUCUUUGCACGUUUAGUGACAUCACAGCCUUUAAACAGCCAAUUGAAGAUGAUUCUUCAAAAGGCUGGGGAAAGUUUGCCCGACUGACUCGAGCUCUAACAAGCAGUAGAGGAGUCUUACAACAGCUGCAGCCCACAGUUCACAAAGGAGAGAAUGUCCACAAGCACUCCCGCUUAGCUGAGGUACUGCAGCUAGGCUCAGAUAUCCUACCUCAAUAUAAACAGGAGACCCCCAAAACCCCUCCCCACAUCAUCCUGCACUACUGUCUCUUCAAGACCACAUGGGACUGGGUCAUCCUCAUCCUCACCUUCUACACAGCCAUCAUGGUGCCCUACAACGUCUCUUUCAAGACGAAGCAGAACAACGUAACGUGGCUGGUGGUGGACAGCAUUGUGGACGUCAUCUUCCUGGUGGACAUCGUUUUGAACUUCCACACCACGUUCGUCGGACCCGCCGGCGAGGUCAUCUCAGACCCCAAGCUGAUCCGUAUGAACUACCUGAAGACCUGGUUUGUUAUCGACCUGCUGUCCUGCCUGCCGUACGACGUCAUCAACGCCUUCGAGAAUGUAGAUGAGGGGAUCAGCAGUCUGUUCAGCUCUCUUAAGGUGGUCAGGCUUCUCCGUCUGGGUCGGGUUGCCCGUAAACUGGAUCACUACAUCGAGUACGGGGCGGCUGUACUGGUCCUGCUGGUGUGUGUUUUUGGACUGGCCGCUCACUGGCUGGCCUGCAUUUGGUUCAGCAUCGGUGAUUAUGAGGUUAUCGAUGAAGACACAAACAUCGUGCGCAUGGACAGCUGGCUCUACAUCCUGGCUGAGACGGCGGGCACACCGUACCGCUUCAACGCCAGUUUAGGCAAGUGGGAAGGCGGGCCGAACAAAGACUCUGUCUACAUCACUUCCUUGUACUUCACCAUGACCAGCCUGACGAGCAUCGGCUUCGGCAACAUCGCCCCUACGACAGACUGUGAGAAAAUCUUUGCAGUGGCCAUGAUGAUGAUUGGAUCUCUUCUUUACGCCACCAUCUUUGGUAAUGUGACAACAAUCUUCCAGCAGAUGUACGCCAACACAAAUCGUUACCAUGAGAUGAUUAACAGUGUCCGGGACUUCCUCAAGCUUUACCAGGUGCCCAAAGGCUUGAGUGAAAGAGUUAUGGAUUACAUUGCCUCCACCUGGUCCAUGUCACGGGGUAUAGACACUGAAAAGGUGUUGCAGAUUUGUCCAAAGGACAUGAGAGCAGAUAUUUGUGUUCAUCUUAACCGGAAGGUUUUUAAAGAGCACCCGGCUUUCCGGCUGGCCAGCGAUGGGUGCCUCAGAGCGCUGGCCAUGGAGUUUCAGACCAUCCACUGCGCCCCUGGUGACCUGAUCUACCACGCUGGUGAAAGUGUGGACAGUCUCUGUUUUGUGGUGUCUGGAUCACUGGAGGUCAUUCAGGAUGACGAGGUGGUGGCCAUUUUAGGUAAGGGAGAUGUGUUUGGGGAUGUUUUCUGGAAAGAAGUGACUCUCGCUCAAGCCUGUGCCAACGUCCGAGCUCUGACCUACUGCGACCUCCACGUCAUUAAACGUGACGCCCUGCAGAAGGUGCUGGAGUUCUACACAGCGUUUUCCAACCACUUCUCAAGAAAUCUGCUGCUUACUUACAACCUGCGAAAGAGGAUCGUCUUCCGAAAGAUCAGUGAUGUGAAACGAGAGGAAGAGGAGCGACAGAGACGUAAAAAUGAAGCCCCUCUAAAUUUGCCACCAGAUCAUCCGGUACGAAAACUCUUCCAGCGCUUUCGACAGCAGAAGGAAGCCCGCCUAGUGACCGACAAACCAGAACUAGAUGACCAUGAUAUCGAAAAGGGCCCUAUGUACGUGGACAUCCCGAUAACUACAGCCAUCACAACUACCAGCAUCGUCACAGUGACGGAAAGCCCAGCAACACCCUCAUCUUCAAGGCCUUCAUCUUCAACGUCCCCUAACUGUAAUCCCUCAAACAAGGCGAAGCUGCAGGUCCCAACUCCCAUUUCUCUGGUGGGAGGCCGGGCUGCCGAACCCGUCAAAGUCAAAGGCUGGGGUCGCUUCAAAGAGUCCAUGGCCAAAGCCGACAACUGGAACAAAGUGUCUAAAGCCGAAUCCAUGGAGACAUUACCUGAACGUACCAAGGCGCAUGAGUCACAGAUGUCUCUAAAGAAGACAGACUCAUGUGACAGCGGUAUCACCAAAAGUGACCUGCGCCUGGACAAAGUGGGCGAAUUCCGCAUGACGCCCCAGGACCGCAGUCCCGUCCAGCCUCCGGAGACCAAGCGCACCUUCUACCCCAUCCAAGAGCAAACGCUUCAGGCCUCGCUUCAGGAGCUCAAGCUAGAGCUGAAGGACGACCUCAAAAACCUGAAUGUUCGAAUGUCCGGCCUGGAGGCGCAACUCACAGAAGCACUUCAACUCCUCAAAGUGAGGAGAUCAAGUGCUGGCUCUCCGCAGCCUCUUUUUGACAUUUCUAGACCUGCUUCACCAGAACUGGACAAAGAGGACAUUUUCUCUUGAAGAGUGGAAGGUUAACUGAUCAGGUUAACUGUGAACUCAGCUGGAAUCCAGUAAUAUCCACAUUACUUGGAGAGCUGAGUCUGCACUGGGCACACCAUUUAGAUUAGGCAACAGUGUGGUCUUGAAGACGCACCGGUCUUUAUCCUAGGGGUGUAGCUGUUGGCUAACAAGGGAACGUCAUGUUGAGAAGUCGAGGUCGUAGCCCAGAUUCUGUUGUUGUAACAUUGAACACUGGAAGGUUACAAAAACACUGACAGCUCUAUGUUUGUACAUAAGUUUGAUUUAUUUUUCCAUCGCACUAUGAUGGAAAAAUAGCUUGAGCGGUUUGAUUUUAUCUCGAUUUUGCGAGUGUCAACAGAAGAACAUAGUUGUAUCUCUGUUGGGAAGAGAAUAGAAACAGCAUGACCCACUGGUUUGUUAUUGAAUCAUUUAUAAGAGAUUCUUUGCAUGUCACGUAAAAUAGACGUGUGACUCAAAUUGCAGAUGGUGCAUUUUUUAUUAAUUGAGGCCACACAGCGACUCAUUUGCAGUAUUUCACCAUGACGGUGGGAAAAGACGGUUUUUCCAGAUGUUGAAACUGUCUCAGAGUAAUUCCUCAAGUAAUUGAUGAACUCUUCUUUUUAUAUCAACUGACAGGAUUAUUAUGAAUAAUACAACUGUUAACUCAACAAGCAUUCAGAGUUCCAUCGUUUCUGAUAUCAAGUAUUUGUUAUUCUCAUAUAUAAACACUACAACCACACACACAAUACAUAUAUUGUAUUAGAGCCGUACAUUUUUAGUUUUGGUGAUGCAUAUUUAGGUGAUGCAGAUGGUACUGAUAAUGGCUGCACCCCUUACCUUAUUUUAAAACUGUUUGCACAAUAUUUCAAAAAUAAAAUUUAUAUAUAAUUAAAGUAAAACUUCAAAGUGCAGGUUUGUUCACGUAAAUUGACCUAGAUAAUCAAUGGAACAUGCUUUAGAGAUGUAUUUUGCCUUUAAUGGCCACUGAGGUACAUGUUUACAUUUGUUACCAGUUAGCAUGCUUGAUUUAAUCGUCUGUCUUCACAAGUUAACUAUUAAUAAAGGACAAAGAUGAUGAAAAUGUUAAGGCUAAGUGUUUGCAAUGCAGUUCUUGCUUUGCUUUAUUUGAGGCCAAUAUUUGGAGGAAAUAUCUACUUGCUAACCCAAAACCGAGAAUAGACAUCAGUCAACAGGAAGGAAAUGUGCUUUAGAGCAUUUUUGUAGUAACUUUCAUUUAUUACAGAACCCUAAUGUCCACAGAAAAAGAUGAAUUAAACAUGAAGUAAAGCAGAGUCAUGAUCAUCAGGCAAUAAGUAUGCAUAUGUAUUUGCUACAGUAGAACUUUAAAACUAAUAUUUAAAAAAUGUGACUAUUUUUUAAACCAAACAGUUUUUUGCAGUUUAGUAAAAUCCAGAACAAAUGUAUUGCAAGUCUUAGUCAUGAGCUUUACUGGUCUGCUUCUAUACAGUAUUUCACAUGGCAAAAAAUAACCACCAUUCUAUAUUAUUUAUUAUUCAUAUGGAAAAUUUAUGUUCCCUGCAUGCCUUUUCUCUUAUCAAGACUAAAGACAAGCUGAGAAGGACACAAAAAAAAAACGACAGGGUUUUUCUCUCAAACACAUUUUGUGGCUCCAUUUCCAUUAAAAAUGUAGCUUGCUUAAAAAUAAAUGGACAUGUCAUCACAAAAGUGAGAACUCAUUUGGUUUAGAGCCAGUGUUUGUGGGUCUUUAUGGGUCUGCUUUCGCAAAGAGUUUUCAUCUUACAGAGGGAAAAGCACUAAAAUCAUCUGACUAUGACUUCUCUAUCAGAUAAUUCAUAAAGCUGCUGCUUACACACAAGUUCAGAAAUCAAAAGGAGGCUAAAAGAGGGCCGACAGUAUCUGAGGAAUUUAGUCACGUUUAUGAAAGACAGAAUCUAAACAUAAUGUAAUGAUAGACACAGCCUUUAUCUUUGACAUCUUUAAAUAUUAAAAAAUAAAAUUGGUAAAAAGGGAUUACAUUGAUAUGACACAAUCACUUCUUCUUAGUUCAGGCACACUGACUUAUGAACUAAACUGACUGACAAAUGUCAAUUCAUUAUAUAACGUUAUUCAAAAGACUUGGUGGAGAUUACCACAUGACAAAUCCAAUAAUGUUAUGCAGUUAUAAUGUUUAUUGUUGUAAUUGCAACCAAGCUGUGUGUUUAUUUUUAUUUAUUUUUUAUAAAUUAUCUCACACACACACACACACACACACACACACACACCUACCUACAUAGUAGGUAUCAAAGUAUUGCAGUAAAUAUUAAUGCACAAAGAACUCUUAAGUGGAAACUUUCUUUUUUUUGGUUACUUUUAUGAUAAUUGGGCAAGUUUGAGGCUCUUAUUUGGCUACUUGGCAUCAGUCAAAUCUGUCAAAUUAAUACAUUACUAGAAGCUCAACUAAGUACACGUAAGGAUUGUGCAGCGCAUAAAUAGCAUGCAAA